AGCACAGGAAACGAAUAACAUCAGACAAAGUCUACAGUAAUCAGUUUCUUCUUCUUCGUUGAAGAUGAUGCUGCGUUUUAUCGUACUGUCUGCUCUUAUCAUAAUAUGCCAUUGUUUCAGACAAACGCGGGAACUUCCAGAUAUAUUCAAACAAAAACCGGAGUGGGACGACUUUAGAGUAAAAUGGGGAUUCGAUCCGUUCAAUGUUAAUAAUUUCCAAAGUCUUCCGCGGAGAGAAUCUGACGCAAAAGAUGCCAGAUUUGAGCUUCUUCGUGACGAGUGUAAAGAAAUGGAAAAAGGCAAAGAAAGAAGAGUACCAUUAUUCAAAGGAAAACGAUAUUGGAAAAAUAAAGACCCUAGUGUGGUAGUGAUUUACGAUGCAAACGGUUAUAUAGCAGGCGUACAGGCAGGGUUCCAUAAAAGUGCUUUUGAAAAUAAAAACUUGCAAAAGAAAUUGAAGGAAAAUUUAAACGAGGAGGAGAGACCUGUGCUUCAUCGAAGACGAAGACUAGCUAAUACAGACGACAUAAAAACCGCACUGGCAAAAGGAACUAUUUUCGACAAAAGAUUUCCAAGCAUAACAGAAAUGGAAAACUUGAACAAUAAGUACCCAGAUAUAUUGAGUCCCGUAGAAUUAUACAGAUCCGCAAUGCAGUCAGUAAUUUCAAAAAGAAUGUUUAUGAAUGAGGAGCUUAUUAAACAAUACCUGGAGGGUUUACAAUCAAAAGAAGAUAGACCGUUUUUAAUGCAAAAUUUUGAUGACCAAAUUCGGACGAAAAGACAUACAGAUACAAAUCUAGAAGAAGACUCAGUAAGUUCUACACCAUCAACCUCACACGGAACAACGAGACAGAGUAAACCACUUCCUUCCACUUUACAUUCAAGACAAUCUACACCACCUUCUACAGAAAAUGUAUUUAAGAAAACAACAUUGUCUUCCGGAAAUUCGAGGAGCCAUGAAAGAACAAGGACAUUUCCUGAAACAGGACAGAAAUCUGAUUCAACAGCAAAAUCCUUGGGAAAAUCAAAAGCCCAUAGAUUUCCAGCAGAGAGAAAGGCGUUUGAGGCAGCGGCAAAACCGUCUGGAGAUUCAAAGACAUCAACACAAUCAGACAUAUUCCCCCCACAUUUUUAUCACCCAAACCAAGAACAAUACCGGUCACGUUUUUUAAGAAAGGCGGCAAAACAACCUAAAAAACCACAUAAUGAAAACUCAGAAACAAAGUCUCCUUUAUUAAAAUCAAAAAGUAAUUCUCCUCAAAACACUGAAAGAGAAAGAAAGCGUUCAGUAAGCAGCUUGGAAGCGCACCACCCUGUGAUUCAUCACACUGAAACUCACCACCCUCAAAGGCACCACCCUGUAACUCAUCCCUUUGUUGAGGAAGAUGGUGUUAUUUUCUUCACUAUUUACUUCAUUGAUCCAGAGCACAUUUGUGACCCAGAACGUUCUAGAACUAUCGACCAUAUUGAACACUGGGGCACUGGAUCUGGCCUUUUCAUACACAAUGGAACAAAGAGCAACUAUUUUAUACAGAUACCACGUGACGAAAGAGAGUUACAACGAGAGGGACCCUGGAAACCAGAAAAAUGCUUCUUGACUCAAGGAAAGAUGUAUAGUUACAAUUUCGAUGUGAAUGAGGAUUGCCACAAGCUGUGCCCCCUUCUCCUGUAUUACAACAGAGGUCGUCUGACUGGAUUCGCACUGCUGUUCAAGAUGGACUACUCCUCUCCUUAUGUAGAGCAUCCCGACAAAGGACUGUUGAGGUUCAUGUUUGAGAAAGUUCCUAAGUGCUAUUAUGAGAUUGGUCGUCUAACCAAGUUGCAUUUCUUCUUGACCAGUAAUUACCUCUCUCAUCGAUGUUGAAGGAAAUGCUGUGUUGGAAGGUCCUAGUAAAAGAUGUAUGAUCGACUGACUUUGUUAUGGCUUACCGUUUUAACCUAUCAAUCUUUCUUGAGUAUAACUUUAUUAUGCGUCAUUAGUUUUAUUUUUUAAAUUCCUGAUUUAAGUGCCAUAAUUAUUUAUAACGUUUAUUUUACUCUGUUAGCUUAUGAUAUACAUGUAAUAAUUAACAUUUAAUGCUUGUCCAUUGAUCUACGUUUUGAAGAAUACUGUUUUAUUUACAUGAGUCUUUCAUAUAAAUGAUGACACUACAUCAAUAAAUAAAUGAUGACACAACAUCAAUAAAAAGCGCUGUUUUCUGAAGU